UAUAUUUCACAGUACAUGACCACAGUACAGGAAGAAGAUCGAACAGAAUUGACUGACGUUCGAAGCGGUGAGGAUCGAGCAGUGAGGAUUUUGAUAGCAUCGUUUGAAAUAACAGAAAUGCCUGGAAAUGAAGAAUUGAUCACGUUGGCAGUCAAAAAAGUGAGAGAUACAUUUAGAAGUGGAAGGACAAGAGAUGUAGAAUUCAGAAAAGAGCAGCUCAGGAAUCUUUUAAAACUUUUCGAUGAGAAUGAGGAUGAAGUUUUGCAAGCUGUUGGGAAAGACUUGCAUAAGCCAAAAGUAGAAGCUAUUCUUGCAGAGGUUCUGAUCGUCAAAAAUGAUAUUGCAUAUGCACUGAAUAAUUUGUCUGAAUGGACAAAGCCUGAGAUACCAGAAGUUCCUAUGGUCAAUAAAAUGGAUAACUGCUUCACAAUGAGUGAGCCAUUGGGUGUGGCUUUAGAUUGCUUCACUGUGAUCAAUGGAGGAGUGGAGGAAACACAGUAUUUGCUAAAGAAAUGCAAAUUUGACAAAAUAUUUUACACCGGUGGAAGUGCUGUGGGUAAGCUGGUCAUGGAAGCAGCAGCAAAGAACCUGACAAGAGUUACUCUUGAACUCGGCGGUAAAAGUCCAUGUUACAUUGACAAAGACUCUGACCUGGAGAUGGUUGCCAAAAGAAUCGCUUGGGGAAAGUUUGCGAAUGCUGGACAGACGUGUGUUGCCCCAGACUACGUGUUAUGUCACCCAGAUAUCCAGGACGAGUUGAUCAGACGUUUCAAGGAAGCUAUAUUUGAUUUUUAUGGAGAGGACCCCAAGGAAUCGCCAGACUAUGCUAGAAUCAUAAAUAUUAAGCACUUCAAUCGUUUAAAGACCUUGAUGAGCAGUGGGAAGUGCGUUGUUGGAGGCGAGACAGAUGACAGUGAAAAGUAUAUUGCCCCAACCGUGCUAACAGGAGUCAAACCUACAGACCCGCUCAUGGAAAAUGAGGUUUUUGGUCCAUUGUUACCAAUAGUUGAUGUCGAAUCCUUGGAUGACGCCAUAGACUUCAUCAAUGACAGGUGUAACUGUUUUCCGUUAGUUGGGACGCUCCCAUUUGGCGGUGUUGGAGGAAGUGGCAUGGGUUCGUAUCAUGGGAAGUAUUCGUUUGAUGCCUUCUCGCACAAGAAAGCCUGUCUCCUCAAAAAGCAAGCCAUGGAGUCAUUUAACAGCAUGCGUUACCCGCCGUAUGAAGAAAAACGCUUUGCAUGGCUGCGUUGGCUGAUAGAAGAUAAAGAACAAUCGUAUGAUAAACUUUCCGACAUACCGCCUCUUCUGCUCUCCAUUCCUGUGGCAUUGAUUCAUAAGGUUGUUGGACUGCCUAGAUAUUUCUUGAAGUAGAUGACUCAUUUGUGAUCGUUUUCAAGCAAUAUGUAUUUUAUUUUUUGUGUUUUGGUUAACGAGUGUUGACUGCGCUUUUGUCAUACUCUGCAGUUGGUUAGAUCUUUCAUUUGAUGUGCUCGAGUUACCGUUUUCAUCCUAAAUAACAAUACGGUUAACUUGAGAAUGGUUAGUUUUCAUUUAUAGUAGGUUAAAUGCAACAAGUUAUUGUAUCUUUACAUUAUAAUUACUUAGCUUAAAAGUUAUAUACUUGAGCGAUUUUUAAUUGAGUGUCGAAAACCAAAACCAAAACCAAACCAAUUAGUUACCAAUUCAACCACUCAGCCAAUCUCAAAUCGUAGUCAAACUAAAACUAAAGGAAUUGCCUGAUUGCUCUCAACAUUUUGAAAGUUGAAAACUUUCAACACCCAAAAAAAACCCUAAAACAAAAACUCGUGCUCAAACUCUAGCCCCAAAAUACAGUCGUCCUGAAAUAUCAGACUUCCUUGGAAGUUUGAUUAGAAUACAUUUUCAUGUCAAGUUAAUGCUUCAACAAAAGCAAAAAAAAAAA